UCCCCUUUCUCUUUCUGUGCUGUCAAAUUAUCAAUGAAAAUGUACUAGUCAAAAAUUUUGUCAAUGUUUUUGGGAGUAUUCUAUGUGUAAAGUAAUGAUUUUUGGAUGGUUUUGAAGUAAUUAAGGUGUAAUAAUAUAUUAUUUCGUAUAUCGGAUUAGUUCAAAAGUUAAACAGAUCAAUUUCGGAUAUAAGACUCUACGCAGGCGUCAUUAGACCUUGUGAAAAAGUGGUCUUUUGUUAACGUUUCUAAACAUUUAAUUUUGGUGAAAACAGAUGUUUGUAGUAACGUGUGAGUUUUUCCGGUGAUAAAAGAACUUGAUACGUACUUCCUUCGUUUACAUUAUAAUAAGUAGGUCACGUUUAGUCGAGUGGAAAUAGCUUAGCCGGCUUGAAUGGUCGUACGUCGUAUGUUCUAGAUUGUUAUAAUGGCCCAUUCAGAUCGCGCUUUGAGUGCCUCGUAGGGACGAUGGAAAGGCUGUAUCAUGACUUAAAUCUGGCGUUAGAAGAGAGUAACUGCGGCCGGCAGGAGAGGCGGCGGCUGGGGCUCCGAAGGCGCACCAGGUCCGCUGGAAACUUGCCGGCCGCCGUCGCAGUGAGCCUGGUAGAAGAUGGCAGCUCGAGCAGCCCCCCGCAAGCACCCCUCAUCACCCAACCCCUCUCGGACUCUGAUGACCCCCAGCUCAAUAUCCACAAGUCCUCCGGCCUGAAGACUCGCCACUACUGCCAGAUCGGGAACUUUGAAUCAGAUUCUUUCAACGAAAACUUCUCACCAACAAGACCGGCGAACGCUAGGAGGAAACGGAAGUAUAAGAAGAUGCAGAUUCCAGUGGAGUAUACGGAUGAGAAGACUUCACCUCCAAUAGAGAUUUUGAGUAUUACUGCAGAGGGCACUGCAUUGCCAGGGGCGAUCGUGCUGCAACCCCAGGCUGUGUCUGCACCGACGCAUCUCACCAAACAUAAACCUGAAAGGAACGUUUUCUGCGGGAAGAGAAAAUGGUCCCACCGGGACAAGGGUGACGGUUGUGAGAUGAGGGAAAGAUCAUUUAGUGGGGGGUGUUCUUCAAAAUCUGCCUUCUUCAAAAACGACUUCAAAUGCAAGAAGUACGACACGGAGAAGAAGAGGAAAGAGUCAGUGCUACAGCCCGGGAAAAUCGUGCUAAAGUCCCAAAACAACGAAGGCACUCCGUCGACUUUCACCAACACCCCGUCUUUGCCAGGCAGUUCCAGCUUCAAUUUCGUGUACAAAAGUUCCAAGAACGGCACACCUACUUUGUCGAAAUUAACAGGAUAUAAGAUCACAACGGAUCUACCGCCAUUUUUUAGUCCAACGACUAGCACAGGGAAAUAUCAUCGGAAAUUCAAAAUGUUCAAUAAGUCACACCCACCGAAUAGUUUGAGAAACCCAUUGCAGUUUGAUGAUUCGAACAGUGGAAUGGAUUGCGCUGGGAACGAGUCCAGCUCACUGAGCAGCAGCGACUCUGACGGAGUGGUCACCAAUGAUAGUGACAGAGAAGGGGACGACGAACUAACAGACUGGCCCGGUAUCGAGGAGCUGAAGGUUUUUAAUAAAAGUUUAACAUUCAAAUCAUCUAAAUCUGUGAACAAUAACACUGUCAGCACCAUGCCGCCGCCGAAACGGUUGAAAAAGGAGAAGUUGCUCAUCAAAAGCGGGUGGGCGAGUUGUAAAAACAAAUUCAAGAAGAAGCGAGCGAAAGUGGAUUCCGGGAAUGAAGACGACGCCAUGAUGUCGGAUUCCAAAACCGUCGUGGAUUUAGAAGACGAAGUGCUGUCGAAAGAGAAUAUUCUUCAGCCGCAUUCCUCGUUCUCCAGCUUUAGUGAUAUAAAAAACGCUGGAGUUUUAGGUCAAAACGCGAAUGAGACGUUUUUUCAUUCGUUUCAGGCGUUUCAGAAAGAGCAGGGCAGUGAGAUCUUCAGUCAGACGCCGCGGAGUAACUUUUCGUUGCAGAAAACGUCGUCAAGUGAUUUGAAUGUGAGUGAGAAGUCGCCUCAAAGUGAUCAUUAUUAUAGUGAGCAUUCAAUGAAUGCUGUGACCGAAGUGAGGGAGAUCAGGGCGGGGUGUAGGAGGGUGCGGGAGGAACGCCCAGGGUUUCUGAUCCUGAGCGCAGCGAAUGAGCAGUUAUCCAAGUUCCUGCAGGACUCUUGCCAGACCGAGCUGAAGUUGCCGAGCUUCCACGACCCGGAAGAGAGAGAAAAGCUGGAGUCGCUGGCGAAGCUCUAUUCCUUGGAGUUGCAAGUCGAGAUGGGGAGGCCCAUUUUAAGAAAAACUAGCAACACAAUGCAGGCCAUCAGAGUGGAGCACUGCCAUAGCCAGCUGCCCUCCGAUCACAAGCGGAGGUGCUACGACCAGGACAGCCUCAGUGUGAGCGACCAGAACUCGACGUCGUCCAGCAACGAGUUAGACGACGCUCCCGACCUCAUCUGCGACCUCAAGCCCGGCGCCACAGACUUGACCAGCGAUUUGGUGGAGACCUUCUCCCACACCCUCGUCGACAAGUCCUUGCUUAACCCGGGCGAUUUGGAUUGAAGAGCAUCAUCAUUUUCAGUCUUAUUGAACCCAACUUGGGUACAGGUGACUUUUUUUGUAAAUUAAUAUAUUUUUUGUCUACAUGCCCAGUCUAAGUCACAAAUUUUCGAAAAAAAUCAGCUUAUCCAUUUUCCUCAAGUACGGAUUGUAUUGAUCAUGGACUGCGGGUGUAGACAAGAUAACUUAUGUAUAAAAAACACCACAGUUUAUAUGGAUUGAAUUAUUGAAGAGUAAGAAGAGUAACAAAAUAAUCUCAGUUGCCAGUACAACUGCCAUUGGGACACAAAUUCAGGGGCCCCAAUUGUGUUAUAAUUUAUCGUGCUACCGUUCCGGUAUCACGAAUUUUAACAAAAUCGUGAACCGACGUUGUCGUUGUUGUUGCAACUGGAAAUAUUGGAAGUUAUUAACACGAUGAAGAACGUCAAGAUGAAGGCAACAAAAAAAAAUGAAAAUCGGCUCAUCUGUUUGUUUGUCUGUUUCUGCUACAUAGCUAAGCAGACAUACAUAUAUACACAGACACGUUAAAAUCAACUCUCAGUCGUGGAGGGUAAAAUAAUAGGGAUGCAUUAUAAAAGUUUCUAAAGACUUAUCGAUUACAAAUAAUCAGUAUUUUAUAAAAAUAUUGUGGUACUCGAUCCAUUGUAUAUUAGAAAUAGUCGAUGUUCCAUAUUUCUUAAGGGUGUGAACCCAAUUUGGAAGUCAAUUUAUAAUUAUAUUAAGAUUUUAUUCCGCAAAUAUGUUUUAUUGAUUACUUUUAAUCAUAUACUAGAUAUUCAUGACAUUAUUAUAGGUUGAUCUCAUUUGGAAUUUGUAUAUACAGACUAAAAUGUAAAAUGCAUUGAAAGUGGCCUAAGGCUGGGUGUAAUUGAGUACUUAAAUCUUCGCCAUAUUGUUGAAGUCGACAGUGGUGUUGCAGACUAUCGAAAGUUUUAAUCAAAAAAGGCCAUAGUAUCUAUAUAUUUCAUUUGCAAUACACAUGUAAUAUUGUAGAGCAAUACUAUCCAUAGUGUCGAUGGUUUGAGUUUAUCGUCAUCAUGGCCCGAUACUAUCGAUACUUUUACUUAAACUAUCGAUCGGCAACACUAUCAGUUACGUGCGGCGGAAAAGAAAAAAGGCCUGUAGUUGUUAAAACAAUGUCAUUGUUGUAAUGUUUAAUGUAGACUGAUGUUUUGUUUACAUAUCACUAAUCACUUCAUUCCUUCAAUAAUUAACUUUUGUGUUUGGGAUAUUUAUGUGAAAGCAUGUCUGUUAGUUGCGAUGAUUUUUAUGAUCUGAAUUCGAAGCGAAUCCACCGAAAUUUGAAGCAAAUUCUAUAAAAACUUAACUCUUAUAAUUGAAAAAAUAUUAAAUAAAAUUUAUAUUCGAGAAAUUACCGGAUUUUUGUAAGUUAGAAGCUAAGGUGAUAUUUAUAUUCGUUAUAAUAUUGUCCAAAAAUGCCAUGUACACAAAAUUAUUUCUAUUUUGGAGUUUUUUGAUUACAGUUUUCAAUCAGAAUUAUAUUACAAUAGGGACACCUUUUAACCUUUGUGGCAUACUUACCUCCUUCCUCGCCUGAAAAUAAGUGCGUAUAUAUAUAUAUAUAUAUAUAUAUAUAUAUAUAUAUAUAUAUAUAUAUAUAUAUAUAUAUAUAUAUAUAUAUAUAUAUAUAUAUCACAACCAUAUUGGUGACCCCUGGAAGUACCCCCAUUACAGAAGAAAGGUACCACUUCGCAAUUAUAUAGAAAAGAAUGUCGGUAUCGGGUCAGAAUUCACUUCGAAACAGAACGUCGAAGAUAGCAGAAAGGCGUUUACACCUCACGACCUUUAUCGUGUUGGAGUCAGACUUCCACCUUUUUGGCCGUUCGUAUAUACGCACCUAUUUUCAGGCGAGGAAGGAGGUAAGUAUACCUUUAAAUAUGAAUAAAUAAAAACAUAUUACUUAUUUACAUUGUUUAGAAUACGAAUGUGCCAUUGUUUUCGAAAUAAACAACAGUCACACGUUUCACGUAUUUUAAUCAGGAAUAUUGUCGCUUUUUUAUGUAUGAAUUUGUAUCUCAAUGUCUAAUUUAAUUAGGUUUAUUGAUUCACACACACUAUAUGUAAUCACUAGAUUUCACCUUAUGGGAUAUUUUUCGCCGCCGAGCGUGUCACUCAGUGUGCGUAGUGCGACUUUGCAAUUUGCAUCUCACCAUCGAGCCGCCUCGCAGUAAGACGCAGCUAACCAGUAUGCCAUUGUACGCAACGACAACCACACUGCAAUGUGAUUGGUUCUGUCUUACUUCGAAUCAAUUCGAUAGUGAGAGGUGAAAUGCAAACCCGCACUUGCCCUCUGAUUUUGAAAAUGCACUGACCGUUUUUAAAACUGUCCUAGCGUGUAAACCAUUCGACUUGUUGCCCAGAUAUACACAUUUAUAGCAAUACAGGGGACUCAAAUUUAUCCUGUUGUCACUUUCAGCACUACAUGUUUAGAAAGAGACGGCAUUACUUCUAAUUGCGUUCAUAGUGGUCUUCUCAUUUAACCUCUUAUUCAUAAAAAAAUGAACCGCUUGUUAAAAUGUAUUUAGUUUUAAUAUGUUUUGUUUAUGUCACUUCAGUACCCAUACAUAUUUAUUUAAAAACUUUAUUCCACACAAUUAAAAAAAAUAUUUACAAAUGAUGGAUUUAUAUAUUGAAAUUGUUUUUGUUUGUUCCUCACAAAAGGAGCAUUGGAUGCGAGACAAUUUUUUGUAUGGAGAUAGCCGAAGAGUGACAUAAGCUAGUUUAUGCCGCGAGCGAAGCCACGGACGGCAGCUUGAUAUGAUUGAACAUGAUUAAAUUGACAAAUGGUCGAGUUUUUUUUAUAAAAAAGAGAUAGUAAUCACAAAAUGAUCACUAUAGGGUUUCAAUUGACAUAUAUGGCUGUUGUUAUAGAUAUAUCGAAAUGUCAAGACUACGUAGUUGUAUAUUUGUUUUAGCGUUUCAGAUGUCGUAUACCUUUAGACUAACAUAUACGUGGAUAAUUAUAGAUAUAUGAAUCAAUGUUACGAUUGGGAUGGAUAUUGUAUUAACAGAUGCAAAAUAUACUUUGAAAUACAAAUAUUGUAUUUUAUUUCAAGUCUCGUUAAUGUCCAAAUAACAUUAAAAUAGGAUAUAAUAAUCUUUAUUGUGAAACACACACGAACAUACAUAUAAAGCAAAACUUAUGUACUAGAUGUGCGCGCGCAUCACAAUAGGCAACGGCUCAGUGUUACACUAAGCAAAAAUGCCCAGCACUGAUUUUCAGCCGUUACCUAGUGUGUAUAAAUUGUUAUUAAAAAAGUUCUAAUAUAUUUUAUUUCAUUUUGCAGAAUUUUGUUUGUGGGGAGACUUACUAAGUAAAUGGACAGUAGAUAGUGCUUAUCCUAAGCUUCUAUUGUGAGUACGAUGAACACACAUGAAAAUCAGCACUACACAUCCGUAACCGCAGACAAAUAUCAGUGAUAACAAGUGCAAAUAUUUGCACGUACCAGGAAUCACGGAAAAAUAUACUGUAAAAAUAAAAUAAAUUUGGAUGGACGAGACUAUAUAUGUACAGAAUACAAAACAUACAUACAAACAUAUAAAUAACUUUUAUUAAAUAAAAAAUAUAAACGUGUUGAAAAUAAAAACAACGAUUAUUCGAUAACAAAUAAGCACCAUACACUUUCAGGAGCGACUCGAGCCGCCAACAUAACAAGUUGUCUUUUGUGAUGUCACAACUUAAUUCCAAACAACGGAACUACUAAAACUAAGGUUACAUCUAAUAAAUAAUUAAACCUUUACAUUUUAUGUUUCACAAUUUGUACUGUGAUGGAGGAAUUAAGUCACUUUUGUACACUAUUGCAUAGUGAAGUAUCACAGGAUAUAAAUUCAUUGAUUAUAUUAAAAAGUUUUUUAUAUAAAUACAGCUCAUAUAAAAAAAAUGUACACAAGUCAGAUAAAAUAGAAGUGUUUUAAUCUCGAUUUCGAUAAAGGCAAUGAAAAUUCAGUCAUAGGUUGUUUAGGGCGAUAACACACGAGCGGUCGACGCGCACGCUACGUUUACAUUCAUGUUCCAGAAGCUAAAGGAAGCUGUUGGGUUUACGUUAUGUCUAAUAUUAUCCCAACUUAGCUAAGUCCAAACCCAAUAUAUGAUUAAAUGUUGUCUUUUAUUUAUAUUCUUAUUUUAUGUUUGAUCGUAAAGUUCGUGGCAGAGUGAAGAAUCAAGAUAUACGGGGUAGAUUUAAUGCCGUAAGGCGUAUAACACUAACAAUAACUAUUGCUAACUUCUAAAGUUGUUCAAAAAAGUUUAAAUAAACAAAUAACAAAUUAUGUGUUUACGGACGUUUUGCGAAUAAACUGGGAAAAUAUUGGACGUAAAUUAAUAAACACAGAUCUUUUCUCUUUGUCGUUAAUAAGCGACCAUAUUGAUAUUUUCUAUUUUCCUCACUCAAGGUGUUGUUUAUGAAACAGACAAUGUUUUUUGGUCGAAUUUGUCCGUUUAUACGGCUGUUUUAGAUUCCGAAUUAAGCCAAACAUUAGUAAUAAUAGUUGACAGAAAACGAUUUAUAAUAAUAUUCCUUCUUAUCGUUAAUAUUUUCAAACAUCUUUCUUUUUCUCCCGGGUUUAACACUGCACAUUACAUGUCAGCCCAUAAAAUGUGUUCGUUAUCGCCCUAAAACGUAAAACGCGCUCGAAUCAACCUACAUUCAUUCAUCAGGAUCAUAAUAUCACAUUAUUUACUCCUACGCUAAGACUAGAUCGAGCGACGUUCACCUGAGCGGAGAUUGAAAUGAUACGUGUUCAAAAAGUGUCCAGUUUUUUCACAUGGCGCAAUUACAAAACAUUUUUUUUUUACUUUAUGAUGUGUUAAUUUCAUAUGCGAAUAUAUUAUUAAAUUAAUAACUCAAUCAAGAUCUAAAUAAGUAUCACAUCAU